AUGUCGGCACCGGAUGCAGACUCUCGCAAGCGAGUGGAAUUUCCGCCACCCGUUCGCUCCUAUGUGCAACGGUGUUUCGCCCCCGAGAAUCAAAUUGCCAGUGUGACCAUUCCUGAAAUGCAGGAGAAAUUGAAGAUUGUGAUCACCGAGGCAGCCGAGAACGGGAAGCUCGAAAAGAUCGAUUGGGAGCGGCUCCCCUUACCACAGGUCAUGGUACAGAAUGAACGCAAUAAGAUUCUGGCAAACCCUGCUUCCUCGAACUGGGCGUCUCUACCAUCUUCUCCCGGAGAUGCCGCACGCAAGAGGAAGUCGACAGACCCACACCAGCUACAGAAUGGAUCUCCGCCAUGGAGAAAAGCUAACAACCGUUUUGAAGACCGCGUUACUCACCCUACUACAGACAAAAAACAGAAAAUGACACUGGACCAGUCUAGUAAGUCCAAAGCUAAUUUGGAAAUGCGGAGGAGGCGUUUUGAGGGACUGAACAUCAACGGAAACUCACCUUCCUCCCCCACCGAAUCACCGGGAACCAGAUCCGACGCCGACCAAGGACCCGUUGUCGGACGAUGCCAAACCCUGGAGAAGAACUACUUCAGAUUGACUUCUGCUCCCAACCCAGACACUGUUCGUCCCCUAUCAGUGCUGAAGAGUGCCCUGGAUCUCUUGAAGAAAAAAUGGAAGCACGAUGGCAACUACGGUUACAUCUGCGAUCAGUUCAAGUCCCUACGCCAGGAUCUAACGGUCCAACACAUUCGCAAUGAGUUCACCGUCUCUGUCUACGAAAUCCAUGCGCGCAUCGCCUUGGAGAAAGGGGAUCUUGGUGAGUACAACCAGUGCCAAACCCAGCUACGAGUGCUGUAUGCACAGCAGCUGGGAGGACACCCGACAGAGUUCAAGGCGUAUCGUAUCCUCUAUUUCAUUUACACCCGGAACUGGACGGCCAUGAACGAUGCACUAGCCGAUGUCACAGCAGAAGAUAAGAAAGACCUGGCUGUCAAGCAUGCUCUAGAUGUCCGUUCUGCCCUUGCGCUCGGGAACUAUCAUCGCUUCUUCCAGCUUUAUCUUGACACGCCGAAUAUGGGAGCCUACCUCAUGGACAUGUUUGUCGACCGUGAGCGGCUGAGUGCUCUAUGUGCCAUUUGUAGAGCGUACAAACCCGAUGUGAACAUUCGGUUUAUCACCGAAGAACUUGGAUUUGAAUCCGAUGAGCAGACCGCCCAUUUCGUUCUCAACAAUGCCUCUGCGGAGCUAUUGGAAGAGAAGAACGGCGAAGUGCGGCUGUUGACAGGCAAAGCAGGCUUGCUGUUCGAAACGGCCAAGGCAGAUGCGUAUCGCGUCGUCGAUAUCAAGGGUCAGAUCUAA